AAAUAAAUCUAAAAUAUCUCAGCACGCUCAAAACGGCAGCCAUAAUUGCCAAAUCUCCUUCUCCACCUGGCCUGCGCUGCUAAAAUAAGCAUCCUCGCUAACUUGAGCCCCCCGCGCGCAUUUUAAUCCAUACCCACCACCAUCAUCAUGCCAGGCGCCCUCAAACUCACAAAUUUCACCAUUCUCCACGCCCAUAAACCCUACAGAUUGCUCGUCAAUUUAUCCUCUCCCUCCCACGCCGCUGCCGCCGCUGCCACCGUCGAUUCAAGGAAUAUCCCGCGGCUCAGCUAUCUCUCCGGCUGGCGGUGCAGGACAACCCCAUUCCAGACCCCCGCGCACGUUAGCACAACCCUUAAAUUCCAGAAUCUCUGCUUCUACGCAUCCGAUUCCGGGAACGAAGGGAAAUACGGCUAUUUUGAUCGCGGCAGGAGCGAUAAUUUGGGGACUCCAAUGGGCGCCGCUGUUAAUGGCAAGGUGGAGACCGCAGCGCGCGACGAAUCUGAUGUGCCGCCGCCGCGGAGCCACGGCGAGAAACCGCCACGAAAGUCGUCGAAAUUGCUCACAUUGCCUACGAUUCUGACGAUCGGCCGCGUCGCCGCCGUCCCGAUUCUCGUAUACACUUUUUAUGUCGAAAGCUGGUGGGGGCCAUCAGCUACCGUAGGAAUUUUUGUUGCAGCUGCCACUACGGAUUGGCUUGAUGGCUACCUCGCACGAAAGAUGAAAUUGGGGACUCCAUUUGGAGCAUUUUUGGAUCCAGUGGCUGAUAAGCUCAUGGUUGCUACUACCUUGAUCUUGUUGUGUACUAAACCCCUUGAAGCUGGUAUAUUUGGCCAUGAACCAUGGCUAUUGACUGUACCUGCAACUGCCAUAAUUUGUAGAGAGAUAACCAUGUCAGCAGUCAGGGAAUGGGCUGCAUCUCGGGACAAAAAGCUUUUAGAGGCUGUUGCAGUUAAUAACUUGGGGAAAUGGAAAACUGCCACACAGAUGAGUGCAUUGACUAUCCUUUUGGCUGCCAGAGAAGCAAGCCUUGUAGAGGACGGAACUCUUGUUACUUCCGGGGUAGUGUUACUCUACAUUUCAGCCUGGCUUUCCUUAUGGUCGUUGGUUGUUUAUAUUAAAAAGAUAUGGAGAGUGCUACUACUGUAGUGUCAUUAACCAUUCGAGGUUAGUGAUUCCUGAAACUGGAGUCAUCCUCUGCUAUAUAGAGAUUGAACUACAUAGGUAUAGAUGACUAUCGGAGGUUCUUGAGCUUCAUUCUACUGGAGAUUUCCAUUACUCCUGGAAUACGAGCUUUACUUAUUGGGUGAAAAACUGCUGUGCUCUAGGAUAUUUUUCCCUUGCUGACCUAAAAACAUCGACCAACAAUGCGUGCUACUCCGAGCCAGAACCUCUCUGGCAAUGAUUUCUUGGGAAAAACCUGGUAUAGAUGCUCGUUUUUUUGGUUGUUAUCGUAUCGAUAUUAUUCGUAGUUUUGGUAGCUAGUAAUUGCACUUGGUCAUAGAGGGUCUCAUCUGACUUGUAUUUCUUGCUUAAAUUCAGCAGCUAAAUGUCUAUUUCGUGUAAACAGUUAGGUGGUGGCUGAUUUUUAGAGCAAGGAAGACAAAUCUAAGAUACUUGUAAGAUAAACAUAUUGCAUUUUAGAUUUAAUGUUGCUGUAUUAUGAAGUAUAAAUAUUGUGAUCUAAUGUAUAUUCUUCUAUUUUCAAACUUUAA